GCGGGGAAGGACGGGGCUGCGGGAGGACGGGGUGCGGAGUUACCGGAAGAGCCGUCGGAGCGGCCGGCCGGGCCCUCGAGUCGGAUGGCAGCGGUUGCCCGGACCCGGCCCGAUUCCAUCCUGCCCUGCCGGUGCUUUUGUUUGUGUGAACAUGAAUCGCGUAUUUAAUCUGGCGGAGAAAUCUGGAAUCUAAACGUACCGGUCUUCUGUAGCCAGAAAUGAAGCUUGUGGUAGCGUUCCCUCACAAACACAGUGAGGAUCCCAAAUGCCUUCCUUGCAAGCAGGGCAGGGGCGAACAGGAUGUGAAGGCUGUAAGGCAGAAGGAACGGCUGUUGGUCGGAGCUGGGGGUGGGAGGAGGCCGAUCUUUGGGAAAGUAAAGUCAGUGAAUUGUUGGCAGUGAAUCAAAGCCAUUUAAAUAGAGAUGUGGUGUUCGGAUUCCUUCCUUAUUGCUGAGUGUUACUAUCUGACGGAUAGUAUUAGGUAAGUCACUGUUUUUCUAAAGAUGCAUUUUUUUGCUGCAAAGCUCAGAAAAAUAUUCUUUCUUAUAAAAGAAUUGGCAAAUAAACAUUUUCAAAAGAACAUAACUGCAGUUUAAGUAAAGGCCUGAAUUCUGGAGCUCUUUUUUUUCCUAUUGCAGCUGUGGUAAUUAAGGCCAAGCGCCAAGUACUUUUUUUUUUUUCCUUUUAUGAAUCAAGUUGAAAGCUGAAAUUCUGAAAUGUACUUUGUGAGGCUACGUAACUGAUCAACACUUUAAAAAACAACAGCAACAAAAAACAGGCAGCAGAAGCAAAAGAUUAAACACAUACCCUAAUGAACUUUAGUCGGUGGUGACAGCAGAGACCAGAAAAUGUAAAUGUAACCACUGAAGUACAACCUUGAAGAGUUUCGUCCAGAAACUGCAAUUAUGUGAAAUAAUAAACCUGGCAGAAGAGGGUAAGUGUGAGAUAUUUUUGUUUGAGGAAGGAUUGUAGGCCUGUACAAACAAUAUUACAGAAUUUCUAGGGGAACAUAACUAGUUCUGCAUGCUGUAGUCUAUAUGCAAAUGGUGCUUAAAAUGUCUUCUCAUCACAUAACUGCAAGCUACUCACAUCUACAGUAACAUAAAUGUUAUUAGAGCUAUAACUGUUUGUAAUUAAAAUGUCAGUUUUGACAGAGUGUUUGGGUGUUGAAGUCUUCCAAAAUUGUUGUCAGAAUCUAUUUUCAAUAAUAAAGUCUAUUGGUUAUAUUAAUUUUUCUCUUUUAACGUGACUUAAUAGGAAUAUUUUUUUUUCUUCAGGGUUGUUAUGUGCAUGCUUAAUAAAAGCAGGUUAAUUGAAUCAAGUGCAGGCCCUGUGUGUGCUACUGCUCAGCUGAGAGCAUCAGGCAGCAGAGAAUACAAACAAGGAAAAGGGUCCCUUCUCACUCAGUGGUGUGACCCCACCUGAGCAUUCAGCUGCUUUUGAUCAACAUCUGAAUCUACGUGAUUCCUUUUUGAGUUGUUCUUUUGGGCCGCUAAAUUAUACUUCCUUCUAUCUGGUUUAAAACUGUUUGCUUAAUUUUUCUGUUUGCUUAAAUUUUGACUACCUAUUCUAUAUUUUAUGAGUAGAAAUGAGUAAAUCAUUUCUUCAGUCUCAUUUUUUCCCUCCCCUUUUUUCUCUUCCUGGGUACUCUUUUGUCAACUGUCGUAAUUUAAGUAGUUCCUCUUCACGUGAAAAUCAUUUUGUAGUUCUGAUCAGUGUUGCUGUGUUUGUGUGUACUUAAAAAAAUAUAUAUAUAUUUUUAAAGGAGAAAUGCACACAGAUAUGUGCAUUAGCAAGAUGCACAGUGAUCUUUUCAUCUGGUAAAGCUGGUCUUAAUAAUGGUACUGGUAAUAAUGGUAAUUAUUAAAUGGUAACUGGUAAUAAUGAUACGUUUCCAUCUUUCAAUCUUUUGGUGUUGAGCCUAUAUAUUCUUAAAGCCUUAUUUGCAUAUGACUUCGUAUUAUCCCAGCCUUCCUUUUCUCAGAAUAAUGGACAGCCGGUAGUGCGUUCUGUGUUAACUGUAGAACUUGGGACGCUCUUAAGGUUUGGAUGCACAGCAGAGGCAGAACGUUGGACGGUGACAUCGUUGCCCAGCGAUACGUGCGGGGCGGGCGGGGCAGGACAGAGCAGAGGCGGCUUCCCAACCGAACUCCGGCGGAUGGAGCCGGCAACGGAACGAGCGGCGCGGCUCCUCCUCCGCCACACCCGGCACUGCAGGAAGAGGAACAGCCGCGCCCAGCUCCCGGCCGGCCCCGGACCAGCGCAGCGCUAUGGCGGCGGAGGAGGUGGACGGCUUGGGCGUGUCCCGGCCGCACUACGGCUCUGUCUUGGAUAAUGAAAGGUUAACAGCAGAGGAAAUGGACGAAAGACGGCGCCAGAAUGUAGCCUAUGAAUACCUUUGUCAUCUGGAGGAAGCAAAGAGGUGGAUGGAGGCCUGUCUGAAUGAGGAGCUUCCUCCCACAACAGAACUGGAAGAAGGAUUGAGAAAUGGUGUCUACUUGGCCAAACUUGGAAACUUUUUCUCCCCCAAAGUGGUUUCUGUGAAGAAAAUCUAUGAUAGGGAGCAGACUAGAUACAAGGCAACUGGUCUCCACUUCCGGCACACUGAUAAUGUAAUUCAGUGGCUAAAUGCCAUGGCUGAGAUUGGCCUUCCUAAGAUAUUCUACCCAGAAACUACUGAUAUCUACGAUCGUAAGAACAUGCCGCGCUGUAUCUACUGUAUUCAUGCACUCAGCUUGUACCUGUUCAAAUUGGGUCUUGCCCCCCAAAUUCAGGAUUUAUAUGGGAAGGUGGACUUCACAGAGGAAGAAAUCAGUAAUAUGAGGCUUGAACUGGAGAAGUACGGCAUACAGAUGCCUGCCUUCAGCAAGAUUGGAGGAAUUCUAGCAAAUGAGCUCUCUGUGGAUGAAGCAGCAUUACAUGCUGCUGUCAUUGCCAUUAAUGAGGCAAUUGACCACCAGGUUCCAGCUGACACUCUUGUGGCAAUGAAGAACCCUAAUGCCAUGCUAAUCAAUCUUGAUGAUCACUUGGAAUCUACUUACCAAGACACUCUCUACAGAGCAAAAAAAGACAAGAUGGAGAAUGCUAAAAACAGGAUUUCCUCAGAAAAUUCGGAAAGAGAGAGAGAUGUAUAUGAAGAACUUCUGACUCAAGCUGAGAUUCAGGGAAACAUCAAUAAAGUGAACACAUCUGCAGCCAUAUCCAAGAUUGGCCUCGCUUUAGAACAAGGAGAUGCGUUAGCUCUGUAUGAAGCUUUAGCAGCACCAGCCCUGGGACUCCGAGGAUUGCUACGAGAAAAUUGUGACUGGUAUUUCAAGCAGUUUUUGAGUGAUAGACAACAGAAACAGGAGGCUGGCAUUGCUGGCCUUCUGCAGAAGGAGGAUUUACAGUUGGGAGUGGAUGCUGCUAACAGAGCAGCACAACAAUAUCAGCAAAGGCUGGCAGCAGUGACCAGAAUUAAUGCUGCAAUUAGAAUGGGUGAUGCAGAGAAGACUGUGGCAGAAAUGAUGAACCCAGAGGCCCAGCUACCAGAGGUUUAUGCAUUUGCUGCUGAUCUUUAUCAAAAGGAGCUGGCCACCUUGCAGCAACAAAGCCAUGAUGGUAACCUCACCCAUGCAGAAUUAUCUGUUGCUGUAGAGAUGCUCUCUUCUGUGGCUGUGAUUAAUAGGGCUUUGGAUUCAGGGGAUGUGAGUACAGUAUGGAGACAACUGAGCAAUCCUGUCACAGGUCUGACAAACAUUGAGGAUGAGAACUGUCAGAGAUAUAUUGAUGAUCUGAUGAAGCUGAAAGCUCAGAUGCGUGCAGAAGAAAAUGAAUUUAUCACAUGGAAUGAUAUCCAGUCAUGUGUGGAUCGUGUGAACUUAGCUGUGCAUGAAGAACAUGAAAGGAUUCUGGCUAUUGGGCUUAUCAACGAGGCGCUGGAUGAAGGAGACACCAGGAAAACUCUGCAAGCCUUACAGAUUCCUGCAGCAAAACUGGAGGGUGUAACCCCAAAGGUAGCUCAGCAUUAUCAGGACACACUGCUUCGGGCUAAGAGAGAGAAAGCACAGGACACUCAGGAUGAAACAGCUGUGCUUUGGCUCGAUGAAAUUCAGGAUGGGAUUCAGAAGGCUAACAAGGACACUGAAGAGUCACAGAGAUUUUCCUUAGGAAUUCUGGCCAUUAAUGAAGCAGUCGAUCACGGAGAUACCAGCCCUACCCUGAGUGCCUUGCGCUCACCAGAUGUGGGGCUGUACGGAGUCACUCCAGAGUGUGCAGAGACAUACCAGCGAGAGUUGGCAGAAGUCAAAAGGAGAAAAAUGGCAACAGGAGGCAAUGGCAGCGAAUGGGUGAAACACUGGGUGAGAGGAGGCUAUCAUUAUUAUCAUAACCUGAGGACCAGAGAGGGAGGAUGGGAUGAACCAACUGAAUUUGUGCAGAAUGACACACAGCUGUCACGGGAGGAGAUACAGAGCACUAUAUCUGGAGUCACGGCAGCAUACAACCGAGAGCAGUUGUGGCUGGCCAAUGAGAACCUGAUUGUGAAGCUUCAGGCUUGUUGUCGAGGCUACCUUGUUCGUCAGGAAUUCAACUCCAGAAUGAGUUUUUUGAAGAAGCAAGUUCCAGCCAUCACUUGCAUCCAGUCCCAGUGGCGUGGCUAUAAACAGAGGAAGGCAUAUCAAAUCCGUUUGGAUUACUUACGAGCACACAAGGACCAAGUAGUGAAGAUUCAGUCACUGACCAGGAUGUAUCAAGCCAGAAGGCGUUACAGAGAUCGCCUGCAAUAUUUCAGAGACCACAUAAAUGAUGUUAUAAAAAUUCAAGCUUUUAUCCGAGCAAACAAAGCACGAGAAGACUACAAAACCCUCAUUAAUGCUGAAAACCCACCUAUGGCUGUGGUUCGGAAAUUUGUUCACUUGCUCGAUCAGAGUGACCAAGAUUUUCAGGAGGAGCUGGAGCUAAUGAAACUGCGUGAGGAAGUUGUGACCUUGAUCCGAUCUAAUCAACAGCUUGAAAAUGACCUCAAUCUCAUGGACAUCAAGAUUGGACUGCUAGUAAAGAACAAAAUUACACUGCAGGAUGUUGUUUCUCAUAGCAAAAAGCUUACCAAGAAGAACAAGGAACAGCUCUCUGACAUGAUGAUGCUAAACAAGCAAAAGGGAGGUUUGAAAGCUUUGAGCAAAGAGAAGAGGGAAAAGCUGGAAGCCUAUCAACAUCUUUUCUACUUACUUCAGACUAACCCAACAUACUUGGCCAAGCUGAUUUUUCAGAUGCCUCAAAACAAAUCCACGAAGUUCAUGGAUUCAGUCAUCUUCACGCUGUAUAACUAUGCGUCCAAUCAGAGAGAGGAAUAUCUGUUGUUGCGGCUGUUCCAAACAGCAUUGCAGGAGGAGAUCAAAUCAAAAGUAGACCAAAUCCAUGAAAUUGUGACUGGGAAUCCUACUGUCAUUAAAAUGGUUGUAAGUUUCAACCGUGGUGCCCGUGGUCAGAACGCACUGAGGCAGAUCUUGGCCCCAGUUGUGAAGGAAAUAAUUGAUGACAAAUCGCUCAACAUCAAAACGGAUCCAGUGGAUAUUUACAAGUCCUGGGUUAACCAGAUGGAAUCUCAGACUGGUGAGGCCAGCAAGUUGCCGUACGAUGUUACACCUGAACAAGCCCUUAAUCAUGACGAGGUGAGGACGCGCCUGGAUGCCUCAAUCCGAAAUAUGAAGGCAGUGACAGACAAGUUCCUGUCUGCCAUCGUUGGUUCAGUUGACAAAAUCCCUUACGGGAUGCGUUUCAUCGCCAAGGUACUGAAAGACUCCCUGCACGACAAGUUUCCUGAUGCUGGCGAGGAUGAGCUUCUGAAGAUUGUUGGCAACUUACUCUAUUACCGCUACAUGAAUCCAGCCAUUGUUGCACCAGAUGCAUUUGACAUAAUUGAUCUUUCAGCUGGAGGGCAGCUGACUACAGAUCAACGAAGAAACCUUGGUUCUAUUGCAAAGAUGCUGCAGCACGCUGCGUCCAAUAAGAUGUUCAUGGGAGACAAUGCGCAUCUGAGCAUCAUUAAUGAAUACUUGUCACAGUCAUACCAGAAAUUCAGACGCUUUUUUCAGGUUGCUUGUGAGGUUCCUGAAUUGCAGGAUAAAUUCAAUAUUGAUGAAUAUUCUGACUUGGUGACUCUCACUAAACCAGUUAUUUAUAUUUCUAUUGGUGAAAUCAUCAAUACACACACUCUGCUCUUAGACCAUCAAGAUGCAAUUGCUCCUGAGCAUAAUGAUCCAAUUCAUGAAUUGCUGGAUGACCUUGGAGAAGUUCCUUCAAUUGAGUCCUUAAUAGGUGAAGGGUCUGGCAACAUUAAUGACCCAAACAGGGAGAUGCUGGCAAAGACAGAGGUUUCUCUCACACUCACUAAUAAAUUUGAUGUUCCUGGAGAUGAAAAUGCGGAGAUGGAUGCUAGGACAAUUCUGCUGAACACCAAACGCUUAAUUGUUGAUGUGAUCCGCUUCCAACCUGGGGAGACGCUGACUGAAAUCUUGGACACUUCAGCUACUUCGGAGCAAGAAGCAGAGCAUCAAAGGGCUAUGCAGAAACGGGCCAUUCGUGAUGCUAAAACUCCUGAUAAGAUGAAAAAAUCUGUGUCUGUAAAGGAAGAUGGCAACUUAAAUCUUCAGGGUAAAAAAGAGAAAAUCAAGACAGGCCUGAAGAAGCUGACAGAACUAGGGGUAGUGAAUGCAAAAAAUAAAUACCAGGAGCUAAUCAAUGAUAUUGCAAAGGAUAUCCGAAAUCAGCGCAGAUACCGUCAGAGAAGAAAGGCAGAGCUGGUGAAGCUGCAGCAGACAUACAGUGCCUUGAACUCCAAAGCUACCUUUUAUGGGGAACAAGUUGAUUACUACAAAAGCUACAUCAAAACCUGCUUGGAUAACCUGGCCAGCAAGGGCAAGGUCUCUAAGAAGCCUCGAGAGAUAAAAGGCAAAAACAGUAAAAAGAUUUCUCUAAAAUACACUGCAGCUCGACUUCAUGAGAAGGGAGUGCUUUUAGAGAUUGAGGACCUGCAAGUUAACCAAUUUAAAAAUGUAAUAUUUGAAAUCAGUCCAACAGAAGAAGUAGGAGAUUUUGAGGUAAAAGCAAAAUUCAUGGGGGUACAGAUGGAAACCUUUAUGUUACAUUAUCAGGAUCUUCUGCAGCUGCAGUAUGAAGGUGUUGCAGUUAUGAAGUUAUUUGACCGAGCAAAAGUAAAUGUUAAUCUUCUGAUCUUCCUUCUGAACAAGAAGUUUUAUGGGAAGUAACUGACCUUUGCUGGCAAAUCUGUGAGAGGGGAGAUGAAUAGAAGCCUUGCAUAUGUGACUUCUAAUGACUUUGCUGUGCAUCACUAUGUGCCCGUGCCUUGCUGAAAUAUAUCAAGUCUGUUACAAUUAAGGCCUAAGAACUUCUUGUGAAUUGACAGUGCUGACUGACGCUGCAGGGAGCUGCUUUCUUGUACCUUUAUGAUGUUUAUGUUCAACUUGAUGUAAUAAUUUACAGAUGGCCUCUUGCGUAGAGGUGCUGCAGUAUCCAUUUAACGCUUAAGGAUGGGGAGUGAAACAGACAAAUUCUUGGCAAGUUAGCUUUUGAUGUUGCUUGCAAAGGUUUUGAAGGGUAAAACUAAAUUCUUUUCUCCCCAGUUUUAGAUCAAUGUUUCAUAUAUCUUUACCAGAUUCAAUAAACGUUAGGCUCUACUUGCAGACUUACCAAAAGAAGACAAUUAUCUUAAAUAGGUUGGCUUUUUAAAAGUUUAAUUUUUCUAGCUCUGUCAAACCCCUCAUUUCCUCAUCUGUAGUGGAUUUUUCACCGUGGUGAUUGUGCUGCUGUUCUGCUAUAUCCAGUAAAAAUGCAGAGACUCUUGAAUAAAUCCCACCAAAAAUUGUUUGCCCUGCCCCCUCCUUUUUUUUUUUUUUUUUUUAAGAAACAUCGCUAAUUACAAAUGUCAUUUUUGCAGUUUUUUUUUGUUUAGAUUACUGUGUUGUAGAACUGCCUUAUCUCUGAGCUCACACACCGUAUUGCUCCAUUGGCAUAGAUUUUUUGCUAAUGAGAGCCACUCACAGAAUUGGAGUUGGGUGCAUCCUUGAGAUGAGUUUUCCGUAGUCCUUUAGUAAGUAUCUGCUGGUGCCUGGUCUGCAUGAAAUGCUUGUUACUGGCAUGCACCAACAUUACAGCAUCACCUGGUAAGAUAUUUCUGUAUUUUAUAACAAGAUAUUUUAAUGUUGGUGCAUGCCAAUAAAAUAAUAUUUUAAUGUUUGUCCAGCACAAUGCAUUAACAGAAAUUCCUUUUCAUACCAUACCAACCAAAAAAGAUAUGUGCGGUGUAGGUCAUCUGAAAGAGAGUGACCUCAGAACUAGAUUUUCACUAAUAUCUGAAGAAGUGAUGUGAAAUGAGUUAAAGAUCUUGCCUUGAUUUUUUUAGUUCUAUCUAGCUACAUGCGAAUUUGCUGUAUCAUAGAGGGACUUGAGAAUUGUAUUACUUUGAUUUGGGAGUGAUGAGAAUAACGGUAGAAAAUUCUUAAAUAUUGUUAACAAAAUGCAGCUGUACUCUGCAGGCUCUUGAGCUACAGAGAUGAAUCCCCUCUCUCCCUUUUAAUUUUUUUUUAAUUGAAAGCUUUUAAUAUUUUUCAGCGUCUGGCAGUCUUUAAACCACAACCCAGGUGGGAUCAGGGAAAAUGCAGUGAGGUGUUAGCGGUGAUUGUACACUGAUCAAGGAAAAUAUGCUUACCAGGUGAUUUACAAUACUUGUUACCUAUGCUUAAUGACAAAAAUUUUUGACAAAAAUUGAAAACAAACAAAAAACAAGAGAAUUAACUUGGAGGAGUUUGUUCAGAGACAGAGCUUUUUUUUUUUUUUUUUAAGGGAAAAACUGUUAAUAAAGACAGUCUCAGCAGUGAAUUAUAUGUAUUCUGUAAUUUAUUGGUGACUUAGCUUUGCUUAUUUCCUGUACACCACUGUAUUUACAAUUGGAGCAGCUAUAAGUAGAAGGCAUGUCUUUCCUUGUUAGUAAAGUUUGCCUCUGUAACUCACAUAUAAGUAAAAAGCCAUUUGUGUCCAUG